AUGUUUCGUAAGCGAAUUCCCCUUAAUAAAAGGGAGGUUUCUCACGAACUUCCGGAAUCUUUAGAAAGUUCCAGUUUUUCCGAGAAUCUUCCUCCAAAAGAUUCCAUUAAUGACAAUUCAUCUUCAAACUCACAGGAAUCUCAUGGGUUCUCUGUUUCAGACCCUAAUGUCAGCUUCAGGAGGGGUUUACGUGACGGAACUAUCACCAACAAGGUUGAUUUAUCCCAAGAUAGCUCUUUUAAACACACUAAAAAGACUAUUUCCAACUUAAGUUUUACUGACUCACUUAUUGAAAAUGAUUUGGAUAAAAUACAGCUUAGAAGUAGCAAUUUGAAAAGGUCGUUUCAGAAGAAAAGAUCCAGGAAGGGGCUGAAUUUGACAAACACUAAAAAAUCCAUCAUUUACGGACACGAAAAUGCAACAAAGCCGAGAAUAUCUCCUGAACCUGCCCAGUCUGAUACUAAAUUUGAAGAAGAAGUCAUGGAAGACGUUGAAUUCCCAGAUAAGUUAUCUGAAGUAUCUGGUUAUUCGGACCAUGAAAGUGACGAUAUGGACUACGGUAAAGAUGCUCCACAAACAGUGCAGAAGGAUGAUGGAGAGGUGGCUCUCUACGAGAUUUCGGACGUUGAAGAGGAGUUUGACAUUGAGUCAGAAAUAUCGCAAAUAAUUAAAAAUGUUGAGGAUGAACUGCACAUUCUGAACAAGAACCUCGGUUCCACGAAUGCACUGUUGCAACAGAACACAGAGAAGAUAGCGAAGCUAGAUACGGAUCAGCUGGAGCUGGCUAACAGAAUUAAUUCAUACUUUAACCUACUGGAGGCCUCAAGAACGCUGUUCAGCCUCGUGGAAUCUAAGCUCCCGGAUCUGUCAAGGUGCCUCGAUAAAACCAGGACCAACAUGAUCGAGGAGACUGAGUGCCUUCUGAGGAUGCGCAGGUGGAUAUACUGUGACCUCCUUAGGCUGUCAGGAGUUAACGACGUGGAUUACAGCUGCGGAGAGUUGGAGGACAUCGAUGACAUGGGCAAGGAUCUGUCGAUCACAAUAGGCAGGACGUUUCUAAAGAGGGUUGAGAGCUUGCAGCAUUUUAAGCAGGACCUCGUCAAAAACAGCCUUAAGUACUCUAAUAAAUUCACCUUUAAGGAGUUGGAACCGUAUCUGGUCCCAGAAGUCAGGUACCUGUUCACACUUAAGCUGGGAUUUAACUACACAAUUGAGCAGUUAUCAGAGCUGUACGAAUAUGAAAUCAACUUGGAACGAGUAAACAUAAACUUGAUGGACGACGUCACAGACGAAUAUAAGAGCAUAAGCAGGUCCCUGGAAGUGUUUAGAACGUUAAAGAGAAACUCGGACCUGUUGGAGUCUUUUAAUUUCGCAAACCUCAAGGACGUCUUUCUUUUCUAUGUUAAGGCGUCCAUGUUGACCUGGAACCCGCUGAACAACCCUCAUGUCGAGGAUCUUGAAUGGUUUCGAGUCUUAAUGGAGUUCGAUCCACAGCUUUUACCUGUAAUUGCUGAUGAGGUGCUCUAUUCUCUGGCCUUAAAUUGCAUUGAGUACUUUGAUAUUGAGUCCUACGACCAGUGCAAUAACCUAUCGCAAUUUCUUAAAUUCGUACUGCAAAACUCAGGCGGCGCCAACCGGUCCCUAAUUGUGGAGAAAAUCACCUCCUCUCUUCACAAGUCGCUGCAGACCAAGGUUUCAAUCGUGACUUUUGGCGUUAAUUCGCAGGACUCGUCUGAGAAGCUUUCGAACAUGCUUGACCCCGUGGUGUGCCACAUUUUGAAGUUCGGGUACUUGAACCUGGUUGCGAACGUUGUUUGCUUCUCCGACUUCCUCUCAAACGCGACUCUCGCAACGAUUGCAGUCGACGACCUGUUUCUGAACAAAAUGUUACCCUUGCUCGACUUCAAUUCUGCACUCGACGCCUUUUUGGUCCUACAUUUUAAAAGGGCCACUGAGCCUCUGGGCAGGCACCUUCAGAUUAAAACCAAGAACAACUCAACUGUAAGGCUGACUUUCAGCCGAUUUUCUGAGUCUGUGACCACUUCACCAUCAAACUCCGACGUUUUCAACUCACUUUCGGUGCCAAUGGACUCCGACACUUACACUAGACUAAUUGGUUCAGAUUCAGCCUAA